GUGUGGGCUCCCACACACCCUCACACGCUCGCAUUGGUGCAGUCAGUAGAAGAGCGGUCCAUUGCCUUUCGCUUCUCUACUCAGGCUCAAUCUGAAAAGCGGGGUUUACAGUUGCCCGGGGGAAAGAGAAUCCCAGCAUUAAUUUAAUUUUACAGUAUAGUUACUGCUCAGAUGCAAAGCAAGGGAAGAGAGGAAGGGAUGGCCUUUUCCGACAUCACAGAGGAUGACCUAAAUGAAUUGAUGCAUGAGGAGGCAGAAGACGUCUUUGAUUAUGGAGUGUCGUCCCGCUUCCCAGACAUCAUGGCUGCUGGCACUCACUCUCCUGGAGGGCCCAAUGGCAUCAUCAGGAGCCAGUCAUUCGCUGGAUUCAGCACGCUGCAGGAGCGACGCUCACGGUGUAACUCCUUCAUGGGGAACUCAGCAGUGCAGAAGAAGCCCAUCUCAAAGCCAAGGAAGUCCCAUCUGUCCGGGCACAAGUCCAGCAGCAGCUCACGAGAGCCGCAGCCCAAAAGAGUGGAAGAACUUUACGGAGCCCUCAAACAAGGCCUGGAUGAGUAUCUGGAGGUGCAUCAAACAGAGCUGGAUAAACUCACUUCCCUCAUGAAGGAUAUGAAGAGAAACUCCAGACUGGGUGUGCUGUAUGAUCUGGACAAGCAAAUUAAGACUAUAGAGAGAUACAUGCGACGACUGGAGUUCCACAUCAGUAAGGUUGAUGAGCUGUAUGAGGGGUUUUGUAUUCAAAGGCGGUUGCGUGAUGGGGCCAGUAAGAUGAAACAGGCCUUCACUGCUUCACCCUCCACUAAAGGCACACGUGAGAGCCUGGCUGAGGUCAACCGCAGAUAUAAAGAGUAUACAGAGAACAUGAGUACUUUUGAGGGCGAGCUGGAGAACCUGCUGGGAGAGUUUCAUAUCAAAAUGAAAGGAUUGGCUGGCUUUGCCAGGCUUUGUCCCGGUGAUCAGUAUGAGAUUUUUAUGAGAUAUGGCAGACAAAGAUGGAAACUGAAGGGGAAGAUCGAAGCAAACUCCAAACAGAGUUGGGAUGGAGAGGAGAUGAUCUUUAUGCCCCUCAUUACAGACCUCUUCAACAUCAAGGUGACAGAGUUGAAGGGGUUGGCCACUCAUAUCCUAGUGGGUAGUGUGAUCUGUGAAACCAAGGACCUGUUCACCGCUAUGCCUCAGGUGGUUGCUGUAGACGUCAAUGACCUGGGAACCAUUAAACUUAACCUGGAGGUCGUCUGGUUUCCAUUUGAUGUGGAGGAUCUGACCCUCUCCUCAGGAAAUGUGAGCAAAGCCACCGCCCUGCAGAGACGAGUGUCUGUGUACAGCCAAGGCACACCUGAGACACCCACUUUCCAGGACAACUCUUUCUUUUCCACUUUACCUGAUGACGUCUAUGAGAACGAAGGUUGCGGUGUUGCCGAGUGCAAACGCCUGUCUUUCACAUUCUCAGACACCUCCACCUCAAGCUCCGUCCCCAUCCAAUUAAACCCUGAGAUCACAGUCACGCCCCCUGAGACGGACCCGCCCUCUGAGCCGAGCCCCUCCUCUGAGGAAGAGGGGGGUGAGGAAGCAGAAGAGAGUUGCAGUGUGAGAGCAAGUGUGGCCAGUGCUAGUGAACCAGACCUGGAGUGGGAUCUGGUUGAGGGCCAGGGGUCCAGCACAGGCUCCGAGGCCCGCUCUCUGUGCUCUGAGAGUCAGCUUUCUGCAGUGGGACCAGAGGAUGUGGUGUUCCUGGAGCCCAGUGUGCCUGAUGAAGACUUGGAGCUGAAGCCCGUGGAGCUGGAUGGGGAAGAAGGCAGUCUGACGAAGCAGCUGGUGAGGAGGCUGACCUCGUCUGACAUGCUACCUGAGGCUGGAACUCUGAGCUGGGAGGGAGAGGGCAGCAGGGCAUUCCUGGAGAGCAGCCUGGAGGAGGCCAUUCAAUCCCUGCUACUGCAGCUGGAGAGCUUGGGCCAGCGCUGUGGAGAGCUACAAGACUUGGAGCAGGAGGUUAUGAGACUUGAAGACCUGCUCAAGUGUCGGGUGCCUGCACAUAGGAGUCGUUCAUCAAGUCUCAGUUUGACUGUGGAAAGCGCUCUUGAAAGCUUUGACUUCCUCAACACCUCCGACUUUGAUGACGAUGACACAGGAGAUGAUGCUGGCACCCUCUCACGAUCUGUCUUCUUUGACAUGGAGUCAGAGAGAAUCGGUAGGCCAGGCCAGCAUCCAGAAGCAAGAGGCCACCUGAGUGAAGCCCUGACAGAGGACACCGGUGUGGGGAACAGUGUGGCUGGCAGUCCCUUGCCUCUCACCACAGGAAAUGAGAACCUAGAUGUGGCUAUCGUUAUUCAUCUACAAUACUGCAAUCAUCUAAUUCAGUUGUUGGACUCAGGAGGAAGCCCAUCGCAGCAUAAGGUGUACCUGCACAAACUAGCAACGCAAACAGUCCUAUUGGAGGAGCUCAGUGAGAAAAACUUUGACAGAUCGGGCUGCUUUACCAUGGCAUCUGAUGUGCUGCCUGGAUUAGCAGAGCAGCCAGCGCUGAUGUCUCUGUGGUCUGACUGCAGUGGUGGCAUGUUCCAUACUACACUGGACCGUGUAUUUAAACAAAUGCAUCUCAGCUUUGCCUUACCACUGCAAGAGAUUCUCCCUCAUUCACCUGAUUCAGUGAUAAGGAUGGUGGUGAAUGAGAUGGUGGUCAGGAGAGAGCUGGCCUCAUCCCCGUGUCCAUCACCAUCCUCUCUGGCACAGGAUGUGCUCACCGUGUUUCAGUUUCAUAGCUACACCGUUGAACACAAUAUCACAGACAUGGAGCAACACCUGCUGGAUUUAGCCAAAGAGGUCAUGUUUUCAGAGGCCCUCAGCUGUGGCGAUACAGAGCUUGCUCUCAAGGAGCUACAGGACGUGUCCGUCACCUCUCUCCAGCCCCUCCCUCAAACCCUGGGGGCUGUUGCUGGACUGCUGACCUCUGAUGACCCUGACCUGAGCAAGGCUGCUACAGCCUUCCUGUCCUCUGCUGCCUCACACAAACCCUUCAGGUCAAAGGCUUUGAAUUGUUACACACAAGCCUUAUCAGAAGCAGGGUUACACACACCAAGAGCUGCAUGUGCUGCUCUGAGCUGCCUGCAGGCUGUGGAGAGCAUUGAUGCUGUUGUGUCACUGUGUGACUCAGCAGAUGAAGAACUCCACCAGGUUGCCAUAGAAACCCUCCUCACUUUUGGUGAAGAGGGGCGACUGGCAUAUGAGCAGUUGGACACAGUGCCGAGGGAGAUGGUGCGGCUGGGCACUCGCCGUGAGUUACUUUUCUGCCCAUGUGGAAAGAUUUGAGUGAACUGUUCCAAGCCCUGGUCAUACGGACUGCUGAAUGGCCAUUGUGGACAGUGGACCACCGAUUUAUAGAUUGCUCACUUGCCUUUCACUGGUCAGGAACAAAAAUGUCCAUAAAUGGAACUGUGAGGAGCAUACAGUGAGCUGCCACUUGUGACAGAGGAAGCAGGGUUGCUGGACGACACCCCGGCGAGUAUUGAAUCUAUUGCAUUAACAUGGUUCUAAUGCCUGGGCACAUGGGAUCUUACAACUAAGGGCUCGAGGACAGACUAGGCCCUUGCUGAGUAUCUGAAAAUGCACUUUUUUAUGCUAUAUUCAGUCAGAGAAAAGGUGAUGCAUUACUGUGAAUUUUGGUUUGUGCAUAAAUGAAGACUGGAAAUAUUGUGCUCUAUGAUCUAACUUGCUUCUGUACCUCUGUACUACUGAGUCAUGUGACUGUAACGAGUAAUAUCAUUUAUUUUAUUUAUUUUUUUCACUUCUCUUCGUUAUAAACGUAAGAUGCUGAUAUUUUCCCUUAUUUUGCUCUUUUAAAUAAUAAUAAGAGAACAGAUUGUAUUAAAGAUAUACUAAACAGGCUAAUUUCUUUUUGGUCUGUUCACAAUAUGAAUAAGUACGGUGCAUCAGAAUUUGGUAUUCUUGAGGGGCUGUUCCCCAUGAAAUGUUAAAACGGAUAGCAAUUUCUUUUUUUACAUAUAGAAAGAGGUUUUAUUUAUCAGUAUCAUGUUUUGAGUGUAUUUUCUGAGAUUUCUACAUGUGAGAGUUAUACAGUAUUUGUGUUCAAGGAGGAAACAUUUAAAAAAAAUAUUUUCAGUACGUGUAUGGUCUUGAGAAAUGAGAGAACGCUUUUUGCUAACAGAACAUUUGCCUUGCUCUGUGCCGUUUACACAGACAGUGUUGAUAUUAAAAGCUUGCAAAUAUGAAUUUCAGUAUAUAUGGCAGGAAUUAAAAUGCAAUUUUGUAGAUUGCCCCAUUGUAAGAAUUGUCAUUGUGACCUGUUUUCACAAUAAACAUUUUACUACCACUAAGAAUUUUACCAAAGUAGGGCUAAAAUCUGUUCAUUAAAAGAGCACAUUUUAGUGCAGCUACUGGAAGUAUAUGCCUCAAAAGCACAACUAAACUAUUAUGGUAAGAUUGUAUCUUAACAUGUCAAAUGUGUUAUCUGGCAUCUACUGCACAAAGUCCCAAAGCCAUAAUGAUACAAAGGCAAAUAUAUUUAACGCUGUUUUGACAUUUCUAUUUAUCAGAAUUAUCUAUAAAAGAAUUUCAAAAUAACAGUUUUUAUUUUUUUCUGUUUUCUGUAUUUAGUCACUAAAUAUUCACUCUAGCUAUGGCUAUAUUUUCCUCUUGCUUUGCAAAUUUGUCAAAUUACCAUCGUUACAGUGUUUGAACUCCUGGCAUUGGUGAUCACUCAAGUGAAUUUCUUUCUUUGCACAGAGGUAUCAAAUGAAAAGGUACAAUUAACAUGUAUUGCCUUUAUUCAUCUCAGAAAGAAGCUAUGUAAAUUGAAACUGGAUUUUAUUGUUGUCACAAACCUCAUUAGAAUUGUAAAUCCAUGUUUCUUUAUAGGAAAACUAUUACUAUGGUUUUGUGACUAUGCUGAUGGAUUGAACACACAGUUUGCUGUUGCAAUAGUUUUAGCUACUGCUAUUUUGGAUGAAUGCAGAUGCACAAUUUCACUUGAUGUCAUAAUGACUUUGAUAAUGUUUACUCACUGUUAACUGUAUUUCCUUUGUCUGCUGAAAGUGGCAAUAAAUUUUAUUUUUGCAUAAUUA